AAUGGCUCAGCAUUUAGAAGGUAUAUUGAAACUGGGUUUGUUAGAGAAUGUAAUAAUUGUCUUCUCAUUAAUAGAAAAUUUCAACAUAGUGUAGAACAUUGGAAAAAGACCGAUAUGAUCUCCUCUUUGACUCUUGGAGCUAAUUGACUGGGUUCCAUCACUAAGCAAGAACGCCUUGGGUAAAAAAUUUAUCAGGGAAAUGCUUUAAUUUCGUGACUUGUUUGAUAGCUAGCCAAUGAUAACCUGUCAAUUCCCUUCUCCAUAUCAACUUUUAUAAGGAUUUGGGGAAUUCCACCUUUAGAAUGACACAUUGUGUGAACCAACUCUUGUGGUAUCAUAAUUGGGUCAUGCAAACUCCUCUUUAGAAAGUUUGAUCGUUCCUGUUAGGAAGUUCCUCCCAGCAGGAUCUUGACUGCUUUCCAACUUUAAGAUAUGAAUUCCACCUGGGAACUUAUUAGCAAGUCAAGUGCGAAAUUGCUCUUUGCUUUAAUUGAUCUCAUUGGGGUCAAAGAAAACUUCAUCACCCAAAGAACUUUUAAUAUGUCAACAAGAUUAUGUGAGAGAAGACUUUCCUUUGUCAUUCCAUGGGUAAGCGACCCCUUUGAAAACUUUAGCCUGUGAGAUUGCAGAAGAGAAAUUCUCUCCUGAAGAGAAGGAUCAGGAGGCUUUCUUGGUUGCGUCAAUUAUGGAGAUAGAAUAGGUCUCUCAGGUUUUUUAGUGGACUGAGCCGUUGCCAUGUUGUAUGUACUGUAAACUCAAUGCUAUUUCAUUCAUUUUUUAACACAUUUUUUACUGGCAUGAACAAAGUUGGAUUGGUAUCUUUAUAUCGUGAUUUUUAUUUAAACAUGAGUUUUUUAAAUCCUUCCUUUGUUUAAUCUUUCCAUGUUCCACAACUUCCUAAUGCUGCCUUUGAUAUUGAUAUAUUCUUUGUGCUUUAUUGUUUGUGAGAGUUUGGAUGAAUCAUAACCUUUUGUACAUUUGCGCUCUUAAGACCCCAUAUUGGGGAAGACUCUUGCAUUGAGACUUUCUCUAUGUCAAUUCUUCUGAUCCCUUUUUAUUUAUAUGGUUUCAUCGGAUAAAUAUCUUUCUCUGUGUACUGCUCUAGUGUCCUCUUAGUGAAGCCUUAGCUCACUCAGAAACAUCUAUGAAUGUGCAGUGCAGAGAACAUCAUAUGUUUCUCGAAGGCCCUUCCUCCUCAUACUUAUCUUAUGGUCUAGAUUAUCCUACUUGGUUGACCUAACAUAAAGGCCUAGCAGUAAUCUAGCAUUAAGCUAUAGCCAGUCUCGCAUUCAAAACAAAGUAGCUUAUCCAUAUUUUUAUUCAACUGAUAAUAAUAUUUUGUGAAAUUUAUUACUCUCUAGAGAUUUAGCAUUUCAGUGUGUUUUACUCAUUAUAUUAUUGUCAUAUACAAACAUUUGCAGUAUGUGUUGUAGUUUGUAAAUAAAAUUGACUUGAGAAAACAGAUGAUACAAGUACAAUACAUCAUUAUCCUUCUCAAAGCAACUAGUAAAUCCAUGUGCUGCAUGUAUAUAUUUGGUAUGUUUAUGCAUAAAUAUAUAAUUUUCUUGAUAUAUUGCUACUAUCCAGAUUACAUUUUUAUUUUUAACCAAUUUGCAUGAUUCAGCAGUCUUAAUAGUCAUAUAUAAGCUUGUAAACUGCAAUCUCUUUAAAUUUUUGGACUAUAUUACCACUAGUUGUAUCUGCUAGUUCUUUAUGACUCUGACCCUUGUCUUGGAUGUUUGAAUGUGUUCUCUCUGCCUGGUGGGAGAUGGAGAUUUGAUCCCAUCCUGCGCAAGCUGCACAUUUUCGCACCUGUUUUGGUGGUUAACUUUCCUUUGUGGGCUUCAAUGAGAAUGAUUUUAUACCUUGUGAUCUGAGAUGACCUUCUUAGGCCUUGUGGCCUAUGUUGCACAGCCUAGUUCCCCUUCUGAAAGAAAAGAAGUAAGCUGUUUUCAUCUUUAGCAUGCUUCUCAAGGCAAAAGUUGGGCCUCUGGUGAAUCUAACUACAUAUUGUUUGGUGAAACUCUACCAUGCUGUAAAUGCAGGACACUGAAGCUACUUUAUCUGAUUAAGUGGGUGGUGCUUUCAGAAGUUUGUGCAAAGUCUCUUCUUCCAACAUGAAGAAUCAAGUAGAUAGUUGACCUGCUGGGGCAUUUUUUUCAGGCACGCUCUGGGAUGGCGAAGCAUCGAGCGUCCUCGACGGACAUGGACGUGGGAAUGGGUUGGUGGGGGAAGUGGAAACCCGUCCUGGUGAUGCUGGCCAUCGUCGUGGCCUACGCGGUGAUGAACAUCAUGAUCAAGAAGGCGAUCGACGAGGGCACCAACCGGCUACUGCUCAUCACCCUCCGGCAGCUCAUCGCGGCUCUGAUCCUGUCACCCAUCGCCUACUUCCGCGAGAGGAAGACGAGGCCGCCUCUCACCGCCGAUAUCUGCGUCCAUCUCUUCUUCAGCGCAGCACUCGGCGCGGCGCUGACGCAGUACCUCUUCCUCCUCGGCCUGCAGUAUACUUCGGCCACCUUCGCGUGCGCCUUCGCCAACAUUCUUCCUGUGCUCACCUUCCUGAUGGCGUUACUCUUCCGGCUAGAGACGCUGAAUCUGAAGCGGACGGCGGGGAUCGCGAAGGCGAUCGGGGCAGCCGUGUGCAUCGCCGGUGCAAUGCUGCUAUCGCUAUACAAAGGCGUGGCUUUGACCAGCUCACCUCACCCAUCGAGGACGUCGGAGCCUCGGCCGACGCACCUCGCCGUCGACUACACGUCGAGACAGUGCUUGAUGGCCACGGUUGCGCUGUUCGCCGCCUGUGUUUGCUACUCCUCGUGGUUCCUCGUCCAAUCCAAGGUCGGCAAGAAGUACCCUGCGCUGUAUUCGGGCGCCGCGCUCGUCUUCCUCAUCAGUUUCCUUCAGGCCGCCGCGCUGAGCUUAGCCAUUCAACGAAGCUUCUCCAUGUGGAUUCUGAAGACGAAGCUGGAGUUGAUCACUGUGCUGUACUCGGGGAUAGUGGGAUCAGGGAUAGGGUUCUUGGCCAUGUCAUGGUGCGUGGAGAAAAGAGGACCACUGUUCACCUCUGCAUUCACUCCUCUCAUACAGAUCAUCGUGGCCGUCAUCGACACCUCCGUCCUCCAUGAACGGAUCUACCUCGGAAGUGUUCUUGGGUCUGCGCUCGUGAUCCUUGGUCUCUACUUCCUCUUGUGGGGCAAAAGCAAAGAAACCCGAAAUAGUGAAGUGAAACCUGCGGAGGGCAACGAAGAGAACAAAGUGCAGCUGCAAACAGUGUAGUGACCAGGAAAGCAGGAUCCUGAUGCCAUUGCUGUGUCCACUACAAAAGCAUCAGUAGCAGAAACUUAAGCUCGAGUGACAGAAUCUGCAGAAAGUGGUGUUCAGUACCAAUUAUAGUCCAAGUAAAGAUAAUGCAAACUACUAUUGGUUUAAUGGUUGCCCAUGAUUAACUA